AUGGCAAAUCCAGUAUUACCUCUCCUCUUCCUCGCCGCAGCGACGCCGUUUGCGGCGGUCGCCGACUCACCUCCUACGGAUUCAUCUUCCUCAUCCUACUCAUUCGGCAGCGACGAUCCAUCAAUCGCAGUUCUCGUUGUGGUUCUGGUCCUAGCCUUUUUCUUAAUGGGAUUUAUUUCCAUCUGUAUUCGCCACCGCUCCGAUUCCACCUCAGACAACGACGAUUCUCGCCGAUUCGUCGUCGCUACUUCCUUAUGGAGAUCCCCUGACUCUAACGGUAUGGAUCCAUCUGUCAUUGAAUCGUUCCCGCUUUUCAGUUACUCGGAAGUGAAUGAUCGGUGGAUCUCGCUAGAAUGUGCAGUCUGUAUAAACGAAUUCGUAGACGGAGAAAUGCUCCGAAAAUUGCCUAAAUGUAACCACGUAUUUCAUCCAGAUUGUAUUGAUGCUUGGCUUGGUUGUCACACUAGUUGUCCUGUAUGCCGGAUGGAUCAGUCACCAGAUGAUCUUGACGAAUCAAUCGAAUCUUCCAGACUACAAAAUCAGGUUUCGAUUACUGUUAACUGUGAUGAGAAUGAGAUGGAAAGGAAUCGAAUCGUGAAGUUUUCUAGGUCGAACUCGACGGGUCACACCUUGAAUUUGCCGGAGGAAAUCGGAGUUCAGUUAAAGAGGACUAAGAGCUGCGGCGAGAUUCUGCCGGUGGUCAAUGGUGAUCGGUCCGGUGAGGUUGAGAAGUCGAGGCGAUGGGUGUUCAAUGUGGUCUAUAAGACCGGUUCAAUUCAGGAUGUUGACUCCCCGGUUUGA